AUGAUACGCACGGAUGGCACCUUUAAAGAUGGAAGCGAUGUUAAUCAGUCUGUGGGGUCUCGGACGGGCGGGAGUUCCGAGCUGCGCUGUCCUGGAAGCGGUGGCAGCGCCAGCAGAUCCUCCCCUGGCGCAGCUCGGGAGCACAUCCUCGGGGACGGGGACAAGAGGCCAGCCCCCAGCUGGCUCCAGCUCCUCCCAGGAGCUGCAGAGGGUGACAAGGUCACCCCCGCGGGGUCAGGGGCGCUCGGGGGAGGAGGAGUGGGAGUGGGAGCGGGAGCGGGAGCGGACCGAGGGGGUAAAAGCGAGCGGAGCGGGGCUGAGAGGGAGCGAGCGGACAGCGGGAGCGGAGCGGACGCGCUGCCGAGCCCGGGGCUGCCCUGCCGGGCCAUGGCGGGGCUGCGGCUGCUGCUGGGGCUGUGUCUGGGGCUGUGCCUGUGCCUGUGCCCCGGCCCGGCCGCCGCCUGCAGCCCCCGCUGCCGGCACGGAGGGCUCUGCCUGGCCGACGGCUCCUGCCUCUGCUCCAAGGGCUACGAGGGCGAGCGCUGCCAGCACGCUACAUGUUAUCCAAAAUGCAAAAAUGGGGGAGAGUGCCUCCGACCUGGAAAAUGCAGAUGCCCACCUGGGUACGGGGGUAGAUACUGUCAUAAAGUAAGCUGUGAAGGAGGCUGUCAGAAUGGUGGGGAAUGCAUCUCUGUCAAUGGAGUCGUGAAGUGCCUUUGUGCCUCUGGCUGGACUGGAUCAAGAUGCCAGGAAGCAAUUUGUCCUCAAGGUUGUCGGAAUAAUGGAGCUUGUGUGGCUCCUGGGAUUUGUAGCUGUCCAGCUGGAUGGGUCGGUACAGCAUGUCACUUAGCUGUAUGUAAACUGCCCUGCCAGCAUGGAGGGAAAUGCAUCGCUCCAAACGUGUGUAGGUGUCGACUGCCAUACUCUGGGCCACAGUGCACAAAGAAAAGGAAGGAAUGAAGCAACUUCAGCCAAAAUAAAUUGCAUUUUUAAAAUGUAACUAUAGAGAGAAGAAGUCUGCAGCAGUGGGGGACCUUAAAAUAAACAUGGUAAUUUGAUUUCAGACAGCUUUUUGUCCUCACUAUAUUUAAGUACAUGCUUUUCUGUAUGAAAGAAAGGUAUUGCUGAUUGUAGGAAAGUUGUUACAAAUAUCCAACUAUGUGUAGUGUAUCACAUACUUUCUCCUCUUCUCAUCCUUCAUAAGCAGAAGUAUUAUGCCUUGGUUGAUACAGCUGACCUUGAAAUAAAAUUUUCUUCAAAUCAAGUAUUUCAGAAUACAUCUAUGCUCUUCUUUUUUAUUUUUCUCCCCUUUGACGAGACAUUGUGUUAUAUAAUUACAUUUUUAAAAAGCACAUGA